UAUUGGAAACACCCAACUGUUCAAGACACAUGCGAGAUGAAUUCUCAAAACAGGAAAAAACAAAAGUGGAGGCAUCGAAUGGGACCUAUUAAUUUUGCAAGAGUAUGCGUGGCAUUGCGUGCAGCCAAAGACAACAACGAAGAACCAUCAAAGCCUGAAAUGUUUAUUGCAACUCGUACCAAGACGGGAAAGGAAAUCCAGGCUGAUACCCAAGUUGCAAUAGCUGAACUUCAAAAUCGCCAAAAUUCUGGGGAAACAACUGAUGAUGCAUUUAGGGCAGUGUUUGGAAAGGAGCAGCCUGGUCGACUUAGGUGCUAUGGUAGAUCAGUGACAACAAGUUCUUUGAAGAAAGAUGAGGAAAUUAACAAUCUAAAACAAAAGCAUGCCAAUGAAAUCACUUCUCUAAAGGAAGAAUUGAGAGAAGAAAUGCGACAUUUAUUCACUCAAUUGCUGCAAAACAACCCUGGAUUGAAUUUUCAAGAUAUACCAGGGUGUGUUGGAUCUAACAUUGCUUCACCUAUUGAUGCAAGUAGCGCACAAGCUGUAAGAGGCACAAAUCUUCCACAUUCUUCAGGGUCAGCUCAUGAUUUGGUUCUUCAAAAGUUGUAUGAGUGUUGUAUUGUGUUGAAGGAGGACUCUACUGAUUUUGGGUUGUAG